CCCUUCCUCAGCAAUCCCAAACUACGUGCCCUGGCAACGGCCCUGUCCCCAGGCUUCCUGAGGUUCGGCGGCACCAAGACAGAUUUUCUCAUCUUUGAUCCCAACAAGGAUUCAACUUUGGAAGAAAAAAUCCUCUGGGAACUUCAGGCCCAUCAAGAGUCUUGUGGCUCGAGCCCUGUGUUUGCUCCUGUUGAGAAGCUACUGCUGGCCCAGUGGCCCAGCCAGGAGAAGCUGAUUCUUGCAGAGCAUAACCGGAAAAAGCACGAAAACACCACCAUCACAAGAAAUACGUUAGAUAUUCUCUACAGCUUUGCAAACUGCUCAGGGUUUCACCUGAUCUUUGGGCUCAAUGCCUUGCUGCGGAAAGAUGGCUUGCAGUGGGACAGCUCAAAUGCCCAGGCUCUGCUGGACUACUGCGCCUCGCAGAGGUACAACAUCUCCUGGGAGCUCGGGAAUGAGCCCAAUAGCUUCAGGAAGAAAUCUGGUGUCUACAUCGACGGCUACCAGCUGGGGCAAGAUUUUAUUCACCUACGCCAACUUCUGAGUAACUAUACCCUCUAUCAGCGUGCAAAGCUCUAUGGUCCUGAUGUCGGGCAGCCCCGAAAGCACACACAGAGACUGCUGAGAAGCUUCCUGAAAUCGGGAGGGAAGGUGAUCGACUCUGUCACAUGGCACCAUUACUAUGUGAACGGACGAACUGCAACGAGGGAGGAUUUCUUGAGCCCUGAAGUGCUGGAUACCUUUGCCACAGCUGUACAUGAAGUCCUGGAGAUUGUUGAUGGGACCGUGCCCGACAAGAAGGUCUGGCUAGGAGAGACGAGCUCUGCCUAUGGAGGGGGAGCUCCCAGGCUGUCCAACACUUACAUUGCUGGCUUUAUGUGGUUGGACAAACUUGGGCUUGCAGCCAGGCAGGGGAUUGACGUGGUGAUGAGACAGGUUUUCUUUGGGGCAGGGACCUAUCACCUGGUGGAUGCCAACUUUGAGCCUUUGCCGGACUACUGGCUCUCGCUGCUCUACAAGAAGCUGAUGGGUACCAAGGUGCUGCAGGUUGGCCUGACAGGAGCCGAUAAGAGGAAGCUCCGCGUCUACCUCCAUUGCACGAACCCCCUCCACCCAAAGUACAGAGAAGGGGACGUGACACUGUUUGCCUUAAACCUCUACAAUGUUACCCAACAUUUGCAGCUACCAAAGUACUUAUCAAGCAAGCAUGUGGAUCAGUACCUCUUGCUGCCUCAUGGCAAAGAGAAUAUACUUUCCAGGUCGAUUGAGCUGAAUGGCCGUGUGCUACGGAUGGUGGAUGACAAAACGCUGCCAGACCUUAUUGAAAAACCCCUUGGUCCCGGCAGCGUACUCGGCCUUCCAGCCUUCUCUUACGGCUUUUACGUUAUCAAAAACGCCAAAGCUAUUGUUUGCAUUUAA